AUGUUCGCUCGUCUUUCCCCUGGGAUCCUCAAGCAGAGAUUCUUUGUGCCAAUCAGAUCACUAGCAACCAUGGCUACCGAUACCUCCACCUAUAAGCUCAACCACACGAUGAUGCGGGUCAAGGAUCCGCAGCGAUCGGUGAAAUUCUAUGAGUUCCUUGGCCUCAGCUUGGUCAAUAAGAUCGACAUGCCCGAAUGGAAGUUCUGCAACUACUUCUUGGCUUAUAACGGCCCAGCCUCCCUCCAAGGAGGUGAUCGCCACUGGACCGAUCGCAAUGCCGUACUGGAACUGACUCACAACUAUGGCACCGAGAACGAUCCCAAUUACAGCGUGGUGAAUGGUAACACAGAGCCGCACCGGGGCUUCGGUCACAUUGCCAUCUCAGUCGAUAACAUCGAGGCUGCUUGCAAGCGGAUCGAGGAUGCAGGCUAUCCUUUCCAGAAGAAGCUGACUGAGGGCCGUAUGCGCAAUAUCGCUUUCGCCAAGGAUCCCGAUGGAUACUGGGUCGAGAUCAUUCGUCGCGCCGAUGAGGAUCUCAGCACCACUACCGACCCCGGUAGCUACCGUUUGAACCACACUAUGUUGCGCGUGAAGGACGCCGAAGCUAGCUUGAAGUUCUACCAAGAAUCGAUGGGUAUGACCUUGGUCCGCACUAUCGAGAACCCGGAGAACAAGUUCAACUUGUAUUUCCUGGGAUACCCUGCAUCCAACCCGGAGAUUAAGGAGGGCAGCAAGAAUGGAGUGGCCGAGUGGGAAGGUCUCUUGGAGUUAACUUGGAAUUAUGGCACCGAGAAGCAAGAGGGCCCGGUCUACCACAACGGCAACACUGAGCCCCAAGGUUUCGGUCACAUCUGUAUUUCUGUGGACGACCUUCCAGCUGCGUGCGACCGUUUCGAGUCUCUGAAGGUCAACUUCAAGAAGCGUUUGAGCGACGGGCGGAUGCACAACAUCGCAUUCCUCCUGGAUCCCGAUGGAUAUUGGAUUGAGGUGGUGCAGAACGAGAAGAUCAAGCGCACUUCCAACUGGGCCUCGGACUUCGGAAUCAUGUCGCCCGACCCUGUGAAAUUGAAAAAGGCACCUCGUAAACAUGUCACUACCGCUGUGAUGGAGCUACUCCACACUGCCAAAACUGUCAGCGCAAAGGGAAAGAAUGUAAAUAUCAACAUGGGGACGACAAACGCAAGUAAGUACAAUUGUUUCCGUGAUUUGCAAAUGCGCAAGCAGCUCCACGGGUCCAAGGGAGUAUCGCUUCGAGCAGCAACCGAACUGUUCUCGGCCAGAAUCGAUCAGCUUUGUCAGUUUAUCCAAGAGAAUGGGCUGCAGCCGCCACCUAUGAAACCAGAGGAUGAAGCUGGUAUGAAUAAAGUCCUGGAGACUCUCCAGAUCCCACGUGGAUUCUCCCAAGCUUCAGCGGUGCCAGACGAGAAGCAACCACAGGCUAGACAAAGUCCUCCUGUGAUUACAGGCCAAUCUCCAUCCCAGUGCCCGCCUGCUGUAAGUGUAAAGGGGCAACCCCCGACCGCAAACCCCGUCCCUGCUGGCACAUCUGAAGCGCUCAACGCUCCCUCAAGUGGUCAACUUCCCUCGCCCGAGAGCUGGAGUCCCUUUGGAAUGGUCCGAGGUGCUUCCGACAAUCAAAACUUCGUCCAUUGGGGAUUCACACUCCCAACCGCUGAAAGUCUCGAUACUAUAUAUGCCAAUCUCAGCGGAGGACAGGGGCCGGCGGCUCCUGCGAUUUCUGGGAUUCCAACCAAUGCGGGAUUUUCCCCAGAUCACGACCAGGUUGGUAUGGAUAUGGGUCAACAGGCAGGGUUUUUGCUGGUCCAACUUCCCCAAGAGGGAGAUAAUGAAACAGACAGUGGCGAAGAGGAUGAAGCCGAGAAUGACGUUAUUGAGCAGUUAUCGCAUCGAAUUGGCACUUUGAAGAUUGCCGGCGAUGGUCAUCUGCGCUUUUACGGUGCAACGUCCAAUCUUAAUCUGGUCGAUGUGUCUGCGACUCAGCAACGGCAACGACCAGAUGCGCGAACUGUGCGCCACGAUGGUCAGGAUAUUCUGAACCAUCUCCGCGUUGGUCAGCCCGUUGAUCAAGCCCUGGAAGAUCAUCUUGUGGAGCUAUAUUUCACCUGGCAAAACCCCAGUACAUACGUCGUUGAUAAAGAGAUGUACAUGACUGCACGAUCUAAAUGGCGUAAUGAAUUUGACGAUACUCCGUUCUAUUCGGAAGUUUUAACUAAUGCAAUGUGUGCGAUUGGUAGUGCCUUCGAGGCACGCUAUCAUCCCACAUUUAUCACUUUUCCCAAAUCUCUCUCCGAAUUCUUCGCAGACCGUGCUAAGGCGCUUUUGGAAAUUGAACUCGAUUCUCCGUGUGUUGCUACGGUCCAAGCUCUUGUUAUUAUGAGCUGUCAUGAGGGCGCGUCAAAUCGAGAUGCUCGAGGUUGGCUGUAUAGCGGAAUGUCGAUGCGACUAGCAUUUGAUCUUGGUCUACACCUUGACAUGACAGCAUACGUUAAUAAGGGUGAUAUCACCCAGUUCGAGGCCGAUGUACGCCGUGCGACAUUUUGGGGAAGCUAUGUUGCAGACCACUUUUGGGGCUUUUAUUUGGGUCGUCCAUUCCGCAUGAACGCUGGAGAUAUCGGCGUCCCCAAACCCGCUUCUACUCUUUGCCCUGAAAGAACAGAAAGCUGGCAUCCCUACGGUCAUCAAUUUAUUGGGGGACCGCUUCAAAAGCCCUUGGAAAAUCCCAUUGAUCUCAUAUGUAGGCAGUUUGUUGAUUUAUGGGAGAUGAUUUCCCCAGUUGGUCAUAUAUUGUAUGGGUGUUCCGACAUCUCUCGGCACGAUCUACAAAGAAUUUGCUAUCAAGUGACUGAAGAUUUAUUCGCCUGGAAAGCCAAUCUUUCCUCUAGCCUGGAGAUCGAUCUAGACGAUGAUACGUCUCCAAUAUUGCCUCAUUUGAUGAUGCUCCAUAUGCAAUACCACCAAAUUAUCAUCUUCUUCCAUCGCCCAUGGCUCUCCAAAAGCUACAUCCAACCUCGAAGUCCUCGUCAAGGUCCCGGGUAUCAUCAUGCGCGACGCAUGUGCGUCGAAUCAGCCACUGCCAUCGCACGACUACUUCAGCUCUACGAAAAGCACUAUACAUUCCGCCGCAUGAACAACCAAGUUGUAGCGAUCAUAUUCAGCGCAGCACUCAUGCUUCUUUUUGUGACAGUAUCCAGUUCCCCAAUGAGCCCCGAAAGACCAGGUGACAGCCCGAUAUGGCCCCGCAACGCAGAUAUGGUGGCAUAUCUCAACCUGUGCUUCCGCGCUCUGGACGAACUGGGCCAAUCGUUUGAGAACGCUAAACGAACACGCGAUUACCUUGUGACCCUCCAACGGCGCUGGCAAACAAAUAUGCGCAGAUCUGGCUCUGCGACGAAACGCCAGAUAAGCAGUAGUAAUUUGAAGCCAGCUGUGCAGCAUGGGCGUGCAGCCUUCACUCAGGUCAUUGAUGGAUCGCGGAAGAAGUCUCGUUUGACUGGCGGUGGAUCGCCCCCCAAUGUGCAGUCAACUGCACAUGUGGCUUCCAACCAACCUCCGUCUUCUCGCUAUCAGAAUCAGUGCCCACCUGUCUUCCAACGGCAGCAGCCGCCAGCCUUCGCCAUCCCCAACGCGCAACUAGAUGAUCUCGACUGGAUGCACAACUCGGAGAUACCCUUUGUGUCUGAGACACAGCGUGUCGAUGCCGCCAAUAAUACGAACCAGAUACCUUCUCCUUUCCCCGAGGAUCCAACCAUGCUCGCAGGCCUCGAGGAUAUUGAUGGCUGGUGGCAGUCAGAUGACUAUGUGAGGACAUCAAUGCCACCAUGA